AUGUCAUCAGGCCUUACGGAGGAACAGAAGCGAAGGAUCGAAGAGAACCGGCAGAUAGCUUUGGCUAGGAGAGCAGAGAGGUUGGCAGCCCAGAGAGCUGGGCAGGCGGGCAUCCCUGCACCUCAGCUGGAUGAACAGAGUCUGGGCAAUCGGGGAAACUCAAAGGAAGAAAACAAUCAUGUCAAGUUUGUUAGGCAGCACCAACAGAACCCAGACAGUCCUGCAGAGCAGAAGAGCUGUUUCCAGAAAGGUUAUAACCAUUCCACUGCAAACCAACAGAUGGCUGGCUCACAUGGAGAGCAGCAAAAGAACCAUUCGGAGGACUCAGAGCAAGCAAGUGGCCUUAAGCAGUUCACUACAACGAUCCCAAAUUCUCUGAGUUAUUCCCAUAAACAUUACUUGGGUGCUGGUGGUCAGGAACAUGGACAACAAGCUUUAAUUAAUCGUGGAACAUUCCAGCAGCCCAAAUGCUACCCAGCUUUCAGAAACCCCUCAGAACCAUCUCGUCCUAAAUUAAUUGACAAUGGGCACCCUGAUGGUGGUAAAAUGUUACAAAGUCAGAACAAAUCUGCCCUAAAAUAUGUUUCACCAUCAAGCAGCACCGCCCCGAGUGAUUCAGAAAUGCAGACAAACACGGGCAGAGUGAUGGGAAGACAAGGGGGAGGUGAUGUCUCUCAGGCCAGUGGUAGAAUGCCGAAGCUGACCAGCUCUGCUGGUGUGGGCUCUCCCUUUGAAGCUGUCUCUUGCAAGAAAGCAAAUAAUGUCACAAAAGGAAAAUGUGUGAAACACGGGGAAGACCGAUUCCAGGUCGAAAUAGGGUAUAAUGCUGAACUUGUUGCUGUGUUUAAGAAGGUACCAAGCAAAGCCUAUGAUCCUGCUAUGAAAAAGUGGAAUUUCAGCUUGGAAGAUUACAGCAGUCUCAUGGAAGCAGCAAAUCAACUUUCGUCAGUAAUUCUGGCACCACUGGAAGGGGAAAAUGCAGUUGGCUUGGCAUCAGGCUCUCCUUUCAUUGGCAAUGGAGUUGAUGUGAAAUCCCUCUUGAAGAUGUGUAAGAACUGGAAGAAACCCUCAGCCCUUGUCAAAGGGAAGUGUGUGCUGAUCUCUCGUUUGCGGUUUGAGGUUGAUAUUGGAUAUUCUGCAGACGUGAUUGGAGUGUUCAAACAGAUGGAUUCCAGAAAUUAUGAUAUGAACACCAGGAAGUGGAAUUUCCUGCUGGAGGACUACCCCAGACUAAUGCAAGUGUUACAGAGCCUCCUGGCAGUAGAAGUGGAGCCACUGCCUGAGGCAGUAAUACAGACCUUUGCUGCUCAGCUGCAGAGAUCUACAUCACAGACAGACAUUCCUGAUGCUGACCUUUCAGUAGUGGACUCCAAAAUUGUGACCAGCCUCAUGCCCUUUCAGCGGGAAGGUGUGAAUUUUGCAAUUUUCAGGAAUGGACGUUUACUUCUUGCAGAUGACAUGGGCUUGGGCAAGACCAUUCAGGCAAUCUGCAUUGCUGCAUAUUACCAAAAGGAAUGGCCCUUGCUGGUGGUGACUCCUUCUUCCGUGAGGUUUACGUGGGCAGAGGCAUUUCACAGGUGGCUUCCAUCCUUGAGUCCAGGUAGCACCCAUGUCAUAGUGACAGGCAAAGACAACCUAACAGGAAGCUUGAUCAACAUCAUCAGCUUUGACCUGCUCAGCAAGAUGGACAAGCAACUUAAUAGCCCAUUCAAAGUAGUUAUUGUUGAUGAAUCUCAUUUCCUAAAGAACACAAAAACUGCACGAUGCCGAGCUGCCAUGCCUCUCCUCAAGGCUGCCAGGAGAGUGAUCUUGCUCUCGGGAACCCCGGCCAUGUCGCGGCCAGCGGAGCUCUACACGCAGAUCAUGGCGGUGCAGCCAACCUUCUUCCCACAGUUCCACUCCUUUGGGCUGCGCUACUGUGAUGCCAGGAAGAUGCCAUGGGGUUGGGACUACUCUGGAUCAUCCAACUUAACUGAACUGAAAAUUUUGCUGGAAGAGUCCAUCAUGAUCCGACGUCUGAAAUCAGAUGUACUUUCCCAGCUUCCAGCAAAGCAACGCAAAAUGGUUGUGGUGGCUCCUGAAGGCAUUAGUGCAAAGACCAAAGCUGCCUUGGCAGCUGAAGCAAAGAAGAUGGCCAAAGGAUAUGAAAGCAAACAACAGGAGAAGGAAGCUCUUCUUGUCUUCUACAACAGAACGGCAGAAGCUAAAAUCCGCUCAGUCGUAGAAUACAUCUUGGAGUUACUGGAAAGUGGGAAUAAUAAAUUCCUGGUGUUUGCUCAUCACAAGAUAAUGCUGGAUGCAAUAGCUGCAGAGCUGGAGAAGAAACACGUUGAGUACAUUCGCAUCGACGGCUCCACACCUUCAGCCGAGCGGCAGUCUCUGUGCCACAGCUUCCAGUUCUCAGAGAAGCAGGUUGUGGCUGUCCUGUCCCUCACUGCUGCAAACAUGGGCCUGACAUUGUCUGCUGCAGACCUGGUGGUGUUUGCAGAGCUCUUCUGGAAUCCGGGGGUUUUGAUCCAAGCGGAAGAUCGAGCACAUCGGAUCGGACAGACCAGCUCUGUUAAUGUUCACUACCUGGUGGCUAAAGGCACAGCAGAUGACUACUUAUGGCCAAUAAUUCAAGAGAAAAUCAAAGUGCUGGGGGAAGCUGGUCUUUCAGAAACCAAUUUCUCUGAAACAGCUGAGUCCACUAAUUACUAUCCUAAGCCAGAUCCAAAGCAGAAGACCAUCUAUGACCUUUUCCAGAGGACCUUCUCUGAGAGCAGAGAUGAUACUGAUGAUACUUUGCUUUUGGAGGCAGCUGAUGCUGGCUGUGAGUUUGACUCUGGCAGUGCCUUGCAAGAUAGAGAAGCAGAGACAUGUUCAGUGACUCCCAAAAAAAAGCGGCGUAUUGAGGAGUUUUUUAAAGUGUGA